UCGAUCGAUGCGCCCGAGUGGAAGUGGACGAUUGGCGUGGGCCGCGGUGUUGCCGCGAUCAAUCGCUGUGGAUUGUACUGGAUGGAACGAGAAAGAGGAAAAAAGAUGCCCUUCUCUCGGAAAAGAGGAACGUUUUGUUUGCUAGCAGCUAGUGCGUCCCUGAUUUUCAACAUUGGCCUCGCUUUUCUCUUUCCUUGGAAGCCGAUCGAGAAGCCCAUGUAACGGAUUCCAGCUCCGAUCGCACUCCGAUCCACCGAAUUUCUUUCCCUCCAAAGCAAAGCAGGGGGGAUUAGAGAAUUAGGGUUCUUGGCCGAGAGCAUUUAAUGGAUGGCGAUUGGGUGAAAGGCGAUGGAUUUAUUUCUGUGCGCUUACCAAACUCUGGCUGGAGAACACCAACUGACCCCCUUUCGGCCUAUACAUUUUAAACAAAAUCACAGCAUCGAUCGCGCCCUCUUUGUUCCUGGGCUGUUCUUUUCCGGUUUCUUCAUCAAAUCCCCUCUUUUUCCUCCGUGGAUUCCAUCACUGCCACCUCAAAGGUUUGCGCGGCUUUGCCUAGCGCCUAGCCUAGCGGCCCACGAGAGAGAGAGAGAGAGAGAGAGAGAGAGAGAGCGACAAACGCCCAAAGCUUUCACCCCUCUUUUCCUUCCUCUCUUCCCUCCCCUGCUCUGCCAAUGGCGAGUAAAUUCCGGGCGGGAUCCAGAUGCUGGUGACAAUCGCGCGAUCUCGGCUCUGCCCAGCGAGCAAUCGGGCGUUUUGGAGCUGCCCAAAUGAAGGAUUCGGCUAGAAUCGUCCAAGGGUAGCAGCUUUUUCGCCGGAUCGAUCGCGAGAGGGAGAGAGGUGUCAGGGGCGUGUACUUUGCCUGCUCGGCCGAUCAAUCAAUCCAUCUCUCUCGGGCAGCAUUUGAAAUCUCUCGCAAUCAUGGAAGAAGAGGGCGUAGAUCACAUCACGGAGCAACGGCAGGGGCUGGAAACCAUCGAAGAUCUCGACGACGCCAAGAAGGAGAGCACUGCCACAAAUGGAGAAGAUGGAGAGAGCCACUUGAGCAGCACGAAGAAAAAGAGGAGGAAGAAGGGGGAAGAAGAAGAAGAAGAAGAAGAAGAUCGCAGCGUUCCGUACUACAAGCUCUACUCCUUCGCGGAUGCCAUGGAUUGGGGGCUGAUCUUCGUGGGCGCAAUCGGGGCGUGCGCCCAUGGAGCGGCGAUUCCAGUGUUCUUCAUCUUCUUUGGGAAGCUCAUCGAUGAGUUUGGCGCAAACUAUGAUAACCCGACCAAGCUCGGCCAUGGCGUCUCCAAGUAUGCUUUAUAUUUUGUCUACCUUGGACUCGCGAUCUUGGUCGCAGCGUGGCUUGAGGUGGCGUGCUGGACUUACACGGGCGAGAGACAAUCGGCACGAAUGAGAGUGGCUUAUCUCAAAGCGAUGCUCAGCCAGGACGUGGGAUUCUUCGACACGGACACGACCACCGGCGAGAUCGUCAAUGGGAUCUCCAGCGACACCGCCCUUGUCCAAGAAGCAAUCGGUGCAAAGGCUGGAAACUAUCUCCACUACAUGGCCAGAUUUGUGGCUGGCUUCGCGGUCGGCUUCUCGUCCGUGUGGCAACUUACGCUCGUCACCCUCGCUGUUGUUCCCGGGAUUGCUCUCGCCGGUGGAUUGUACGCUCACACCAUGAUCGGGCUCACCACAAAGAACCAAAAGGCCUACGCGAAAGCUGGAAACGUUGCUGAACAGAGCAUUUCCCAAGUAAGAACGGUCUACUCGUUCGUCCAGGAGGAGCAAGCCGUGGAUUCUUACGCUCGAGCGCUGGAAACGACGCUGGAGAUUGGAAAGAAGAGUGGCCUCGCCAAAGGAAUGGGAAUCGGAGCAACGUAUGGCUUGACAAUCGGUGCGUGGUCGCUGCUCCUAUGGUACGCCGGCGUUUUAGUUCGCAAUGGAACCACCAAUGGUGGCGAAGCUUUCACCACCAUUCUCAACGUCGUCAUCGCCGGACUAUCUCUUGGAAACGCUGCUCCAAAUCUCGCAGCCUUCGGCAAAGGCCGAGCCGCGGGAUACACCAUACUGGAGAUGAUCAACCGAAAACCAUCCAUAAAUCUCCAGGCUCUCGAAGGGAAGAAGCUCGACAACGUCCAUGGAAACAUAGAGUUUGACAAAGUAUGCUUUAGCUAUCCAUCCCGGCCGGACGUCGUCAUCUUCCAGGAUCUCAGCCUCUCCAUCCCCGCGGGAAAGACUGUGGCUGUCGUUGGAAGCAGUGGAUCCGGCAAGAGCACCAUCAUCUCCCUCAUCGAGCGUUUCUAUGAUCCCCAGUCAGGAAGAGUGCUCCUGGAUGGAAUUCCAAUCCAAGAACUCCAGCUCAAGUGGCUGAGGGGCCGGAUCGGGCUGGUGAGCCAAGAACCGGCGCUCUUCGCGACGAGCAUCCGAGAGAACAUCCUGUUUGGAAAGGAGGACGCAAGCGAUGGCGAGAUCGAGGCGGCUGCCAGAACCUCGGACGCUCACACCUUCGUCAAGCAGCUCCCCAGCGGCUACGACACCCAAGUUGGCGAGAAAGGCAUCCAGCUCUCGGGCGGACAGAAGCAACGCAUCGCCAUCGCUCGAGCUAUGGUGAAAGAUCCGGCCAUUCUCCUGCUGGACGAGGCCACCAGCGCCUUGGACGCGAGCUCCGAGAGUGCCGUCCAGGAGGCUCUCGAGCGGCUCAUGGUGGGGAGGACGACGGUGGUGGUGGCGCACAGGCUCUCCACCAUCCGGAACGCCGAUACCAUCGCGGUUGUCCAUCAAGGGAAGGUGGUGGAGUCUGGAACGCACGACGAGCUCCUCGCCAAGGCCGAGUUCUACGCUGCUCUCGUCAAGCUCCAGGCGGCGGCGGCGGCGGUGGCCAAGGAGAGUGACACUGCUUCCAAGCACUCCGCCAGGCACUCUCGCGGGAGUUCUUUGUCACUGUCGCAGCGAACUUUCAGCUUCCGGGUGAGCGUACGCUCCGAGGCCGACGCUCACAGCAACGCCGAGCUCGAGGAGUACCACCAGCAGCACCAGUUUCCAAAGGCCUCGUACUUUCGACUGCUCAAGCUCAAUGCCCCGGAGUGGCCUUUCGCGCUGGCUGGAGCACUGGGAGCUAUUCUUGCCGGAGCCGAGACCCCCUUCUUCGCCUACGGGAUCACGCAGGCCUUGGUCACCUUCUACAGCCCCGACCAAAGCCACCAGAAGCGAGAAGUCGAGAAGAUCUCCACCAUCUUUGCCAUCGCCACUGUCGUCACUGUUGGAAUCUACGUCCUGGAGCACUACUUCUUCGGCGUCAUGGGCGAGAGGCUGACGAUGCGAGUCCGGAAGAUGAUGUUCUCGAAUAUCUUGCGGAACGAGAUCGGCUGGUUCGAUCGAGAAGAGAACAACAGCAGCUUGCUGGCCUCUCGUCUCUCGUCGGACGCCACCAUGCUUCGUGCCGCCGUUGGGGAUCGCCUGUGCACUCUCACGCAAAAUCUCGCCUUGAUAGUCACCGGCUUCGUCAUGGCGUUCGUGCUGCAGUGGAAGCUGACGCUGGUUAUCAUCGCCCUCUUCCCUCUCAUGAUCGGAGCUCACAUCACCGAGGUAGGAAAGAGCUCGUUGUUCUUUGUUGUUCUUCGUUGCUCUUCGUUCUCGCUAGCUGAUCGACUUCGUAAACUUUCUUUCCAGCACCUCUUCCUGAAAGGCUUCGGAGUUAAUCUCAGCAAAGCUUACCACCGAGCAACAAUGGUGGCGGGAGAAGCCGUCGGGAACAUCCGGACAGUCGCAGCGUUUUGCGCCGAGAAACGAGUGAUGGAUCUCUUCAACCGCGAGCUCCAAGGCCCCAAGAGCAACGCUUUCACCCGUGGACAGAUCACCGGCAUCGGCUACGGCGUCUCCCAGUGCUGCCUCUUCAGCUCCUACGGCUUGGCCCUCUGGUACGCCUCCAAUCUCAUCAAGCAGGGUGACACCACCUUUGGACCCGUGCUCAAGAGCUUCGUUCUCCUCAUCUUCACCGCCUUUGGAGUCGCGGAGACGCUAUCUCUAGCACCCGAUAUCCUCCGAGGCUCGCAAGCGGUCGGCUCGGUCAUGGAGCUCAUCGACUACCAGACCGAGAUAGAUCCCGAUGAUGGCGAGGCCAAGGAGAUCAGCCACGUCCGGGGCGACGUCGAGCUCCGGAGAGUCUGCUUCAGCUAUCCAACCAGGCCGGACGUGACCAUCUUCCGGGACCUGAGCCUGAGAGUCCGAGCCGGCAAGAGCCUGGCUCUAGUCGGUCCCAGCGGCUCGGGGAAGAGCUCGGUCAUCGGCCUCAUCAGCCGGUUCUACGAUCCAUCCUCCGGGGCGGUGCUCGUCGAUGGAAAGGACGUCAGCAAGCUCAAGCUCCGAUCGCUGAGGCAGCACAUCGGGCUCGUCCAGCAGGAGCCCGCGCUCUUCGACACCACCAUCUUCGAAAACAUCCGGUAUGGCAAGCCUGAGGCGACGGAGUCGGAGGUGGUGGAGGCGGCCAAGGCAGCCAAUGCUCACAGCUUUAUCAGCUCUCUUCCGAAUGGCUACCAGACUGUGGCCGGGGAGAGAGGCGUCCAGCUCUCGGGUGGCCAGAAGCAAAGGAUCGCCAUCGCCAGAGCUGUGAUAAAGAACCCGGCCAUCUUGCUGCUCGACGAAGCUACCAGUGCGCUGGAUGCGCAGUCCGAGAAGGUGGUCCAGCAGGCCUUGGACAGGGUGAUGAAAGGUCGGAGCUGCCUAGUCGUCGCUCACAGAUUGUCCACCAUCCAGAACGCAAACGUGAUCGCGCUCCUCCAGGACGGGCAGAUCAUCGAGCAAGGCAGCCACAGUGAAUUGGUCCGGAAGAUCGGAGGCGCCUAUGCAAAGCUUGUCAGCUUGCAGCAGCAGCAACAGCACCACGAAGAACACCGCCUGGAUUGAUUGGAUGGUUAGAACGUCCAAGGAAACCAUACAAAAGAAAAAGAAAAGUCACCUCGUAUCAUCACCUCGCAAGUUAUCGCGCAUAAAAGAACCUGUGGUCACGAUCACGUAGAAGAACCAGAGAUCCUAGCUAGAACCUCUAGAACAAAGAUCAUGAAAGAAAUUUAUUUUCCCC